GGCUGCUGGGUCACACAUUUGCAACCAGUACUAUUUGUGAUAAGGUAUGUAAGAGCAGGCUGCAGGUUAGUCUGCCACUGAGGCUUCUCAGAGUCAUUUUUCCAUAAAGAGAGCUGACAGCUUUCUAUCUAUCAGCCAGUCUGCUGUGAAAUGGAGCUUCUGCUGACGGUCGUCGUCCUCCACGCUUUGUGCUUGUCUCAAGGACUCCAGGCUGCAGCCGCUUCUUCUGUCGAUGAGCAUGUAGAGAAACAGAGUGGCCUGCAUACAUUCAACCUUUCCAAGGCUUGCUCUGGAACUCUGAGGGCUCAUCGGAAUGGCAGCUGGGUGCCAGUCACCCUAAAAAGCCCAAAGAAAAGAAAAUUGCUCAUGGCUGAGCGAAUCUGUAGGGAACUGGGCUGUGGGGGACUCUCAGAGUUUAGAGAAAAUACGACAGCAUCCAUCAACACCUGCCUGACUGAGUGCAUCAUCAGAAACUCCAUACUGCACAACUGCACUGCAGCUGCAGCGAGCAAUUGCUCCAAAGAGGUGGUGGUAGAGUGCGAGCACCACGCUGUCCGCUUGGCUGCAGGUCAUGACCGCUGCGCAGGACGAGUGGAACUGAUGGAUGAUGGCCGCUGGGGAUCAGUGUGUGAUGAUGAUUGGAACCAAAGAGGAGGAGAUGUGGUGUGUGCCCAGCUAGGUUGUGGCACUGCUGUAGAGGUGACUUGUGAGGCCAAAAAAUUUGGUCCAGGCACAGGGCCCAUCCACAUCAGCAAACUCAACUGCACAGGAAAAGAGAGCAACCUCUGGCAGUGCAGCGCUCAGAAACAUGAAGAUAGCAACUACUGUGGCCACAAAGAAGAUGCUGGAGUGGUGUGUUCAGGAAGCACUACCGUUACAGUUUCGCCGAUCAACACGACUACACCAAGUCUAACAAACUGGACCACAGACUCUGUAACAGUGAUGUUAGUUCAGGACAGCAGCAGCCUGUCAGGGCCGGUGUGGGGCUGUAUCGCUCUGUCUAUCGCUCUGCUCAUAGUGAUAUUAUCAAAUGCUGCCCUUUGCAAAAACUACAAAAGAAGAAAUGCAUGUGUGAUUCACCAAAGGUAUCUUGAUUCUCACACGGGAGAAGACGGGGACAUAAACAACCUGCAAGUUGUCGCUGUGCAAGCGUCUACAUAUGGUGAAGGAGAAGCCAGGAGGCCCUCAUUAGAGGACGAUUCCGAGACCUCCAGUGGCUCUGAUUAUGAACCUUAUCAACACUUUGUUCCACAGUCACUGGCUAAUGUGAAUAACUUGCACCCCGUGGAUGAUGCACCUGUGGCUGGUGAGUGCAAUCAAGCACAAGAAAGAAUUUGCAAGGAGGAAAAUGUCCUGAAAAACAUGACAGAUGAUGUUGAUUCAGAGAGCACAUCUUCAGGAGAAUGUUAUGAAAACACACCGAAUGAACAGGAGCAACUUGUGAAUCCAGAUGUUAACCAGUUUUACCCUGAGCACUCACUGCAGACAGCACCAUUCCUCAACACCGGCCAAUCAGCUAUCAGAACCCAUGAUGUUGAUUCAGAGAGCACAUCUUCAGGAGAAUGUUAUGAAAACACACCGAAUGAACAGGAGCAACUUGUGAAUCCAGAUGGUAACCAGUUAUACCCUGAGCACUCACUGCAGACGGCACCAUUCCUCAACACCAGCCAAUCAGCUAUCAGAACCCAGGACUCAAGUGAUUCGGACAGUACAUCCUCUGGCGAAUGCUAUGAAAACUUAGGCUUGGAGGCUGAAGCCUUUGUCCAGACAUUUGAGGGAAGCCCAUCACUUCCUGAGCAGAACCCCCUGGGCCACCACACUCUUCAGCCGACAGGAAACAGCAAUCUUUUCAUACCAAGCGCCCUGAAUCAAGAUGACAGCAGCACAUCAUCUGACGAAGCAUAUGAAAAUGUACCGGACAUUGACGAGGAGAAUUGCGAGUCCUCUUCAAGCAGUGACUAUGACGACGUCGCAAACUGGUGA